AUGACAGCCGGAACAGUGGUCAUCACUGGUGGAAUCAUAGCAGCAGUCAUCUUACUGACUAUUGUUACAGUGCUGUGUUGCUGUAGGCUGCAGUAUUACUGUUGUAAAGGGAACCGGUCAGAAGAGGGGGAGGAGGAGGAAGAACCCUUCACCAAAUCCUCAUCCAGUCCAGCAUGUCAGUCAAUCUCUUCAAGUCCUCCAGACCAUCUGCCUUCGCCAAGACCACUGAGCCCUCCAAGUCUUCAAAGUUUUCCUAGCCCUCCAAGCCCACUAAGUAUUCUACCCCCUCCAGAAUACAUAUCUAAGCAGCAUUUACCAACCACCAAAUUUUAUGAACCAGCUGCCUACAGCCGCUUCACGCCUGCCCUACCAAUCCGGUCAUAUACAUUUUGCCCCUCUUGCUCUGGUAUACUUCCAUAUUACAUGCCUGGAGAAGAAGGGAUGAGGAAUGGAAGUGCAAGGAUCAGCUACAGAGGCCUAAAGCAGCAGGAGGUAGACCUAGCUAUGGACAUGACCAGCCUUGACAAGCUUAAUUUGAUCCAUGCUGUUGCCAUGAGGGAGGUGAUGACACACCAUAGUUUCAGCACUGAUGUGUAAUUCCUUCAA